GUUUGAAACUGGUGAUUGUUAACUUUGAAAUGUGUGACGAGUAAAGUACGUUUUCUCUGGCGUAUAAUGUGCACGAGGAACGUUACGCUCGACUCGGCUUGCAAUGAAGUGUUCGGUGUGAAACACGAAGCCAGAUAAUAGUUUAGACGAUAAGAACGAAGUAAACCUUGAUCGAUACUGCAAAAAUGGCUUGUGAAACAUACGACAGGGCAUGUAUUCAUGUUUGUACUUUUUCCUUGUUCAGUUGGCAAGACGCUUCAGCGCGGUGUGGUUAUGCGAAAAACUAAGAUGUCGCGUAGCGUGUAGAAACGAUUGGACAACGGUAUUCGUUGAAAACAGACAUUGUUGCGACUCCAAAUACGAGUUUGCACAAAUGAAACCCACGCGAAGAGAUCCAUAUUCGCGAACGUUUUGAGAUGAACGGUCGCCCCUGCAAAAAUGGACCGAAAUCAGAAGAAAGAAGUGAAAAAUCCGCGUCAGAAUGCCAACCCGUUGUCCAUACUUACGUUCUGGUGGAUCCGCAAGCUGUUCAUCGUCGGUUACAAGAGAGAAUUGGAGGAGAGCGAUCUGUACUCUCCUCUGCGGGAAGACAAGAGCAGCAAUUUGGGGCAACGUAUCGUGAAAAAUUGGGAGAAGGAAGUGACGCGAUGCGAGGCGAAAAAGGAUGGCUCGAGUCCAAGUUUGUUCAGAGUGCUCUAUAAGUGCUUUGGUAAAUUAAUCAUUAACACUGGAUUGAUGUUGUUCAUUCUAGAAUUUGCAAUAAGAAUCGUUCAGCCUUUCCUGCUCGCUAGACUGUUGCGUUAUUUCUCUGGUAACAGGAAAGGAUGGAACGCCGAUAUAUAUUAUUGCGCCGCGGCAUUCUGUCUGUUGCCUUUCGUCGACAAUAUAAUCAUACAUUGGUCGUUGCAAUGCUUGAUGCACGUGGGAAUGAAGAUCAGGGUGGCGUGUUGCACGCUGAUCUACAGAAAGAUACUGAGACUAUCCAGUUCUGUUCUCGAAAACGAAACGUCUGCUGGACAGAUGGUCAAUUUCCUGAGCAACGACGUUAACAGGUUCGAUUACUUUGUUUUUAGUAUUCAUUACUUAUGGAUCGGACCGCUACAAAUCUUUCUCAUAGCGUAUCUGAUAUAUCGUGAAAUCGGAUUGGGCGCCAUUACCGGAAUGUCGACGUUUUUAUUGUGCAUACCGUUGCAGUUGUACUUAGGUCGAAAGGUGUCACGAUUGACGCUCGGAUCGGCGCAGAAGACCGACGACAGGCUGAGAUUGAUGAAUCAAAUUAUCGCUGGGGUAGAAAUAAUCAAGAUGUACGUCUGGGAAGUUCCGUAUUCGCUUCUUGUCGAGAAAGCAAGACGGAAAGAGGUGAACGUGAUAAAAAAAUACUCGAUCGUCGAGCAGCUUGGGCUAACGUUCGAUGUCUACGUUCCCCGUGUCAGUCUUUUCGUUACUAUAUUGACGUACGUCUUAACUGGGAACAAUAUCGACGCCGAGAAAGUAUUCAUGACCACAGCGUUUUAUUCCAUUUUACGAAGCUCGGUGACCAUUGGAUUCGCAUUAAGCGUGCAUAGUUUAGCGGAAGCGAUAGUCUCCAUCAGGCGUCUAGAGAAGUUCAUGUUCCAUCCGGAGGUGUCGAAAUCCGGACCGGUGAAAAAUCAAGUGGCCUCACAGUCGGUUCCCGUCUACUUGAAGAACGUCACUGCCAGGUGGGACCCGUUCAGAGAGUACACGUUGCAGAAGGUGGACCUGCCGGUUAGCGCGCGAAACUUCGUGGCGGUUGUCGGGCAGAUAGGCGCCGGGAAGAGCAGUUUGUUGCAGGCGAUACUUGGCGAGCUGCCUUUGGAGAAGGGCGUGCUGGAGAUCGACGGGAAGAUCAGUUUCGCUGACCAACGUCCGUGGAUAUUCGCCUCCACGAUCAGACAGAACAUCCUGUUCGGGCAGCCCAUGAACGAGGCUCGUUACAACGAGGUGAUCCGUGUCUGUCAGCUGAGACACGACAUAGAGAACCUGCCUCAUCACGAUGGCACCAUGGUUGGCGAGAGAGGGAUCAAUCUGAGCGGCGGGCAACGGGCUAGGAUAAAUCUGGCUCGAGCUGUCUACGCGGAAGCGGACGUCUACCUCCUGGACGAUCCUCUGUCGGCUGUGGACAGCCACGUGGGCAGUCGGAUCGUCGAAGAGUGCGUGUGCAGCUUCCUCAAAGACAAAACGCGAAUCCUGGUCACCCACCAGGUGCAAUACUUGAAGUCCGCCGAUCAGAUCGUCGUGAUGAGCAACGGCUCUGUCCAAGCCAAGGGCACAUUCGAGGAGCUCCAAACCAUGGACCUGGACUUCAUGAAGAUCUUUCGCGACGUGGGCGAGAACAAAGAGGCGGUAACGUCCGUGACCCGUGUGGAUAAUUCGAUCGAGAGCGCGAAGAAAGACGAACAGGUCGCGAGCGAAGAGCCCGCCGAGGUGGCGGAGUCGAGGACGGUCGGGAAAAUAUCUGGCACGGUAUUCCUGGCGUAUUGGAAGGCUAGUAGAAACGCUGUUCUGGUGGUUGUGAUGCUGAUACUGUUUGUCGGUAGCCAAAUGUUGGCCAGCGGCAGCGAUUAUUUGCUAGCCCGUUGGGUGAAUACCGAGGUCUCGUCGUGGGUGAUAAACGAGAAUGGUACGAUGGAUUUUCAAUGGUAUGGCCCGUUGUCCCGUCAUGGAAUUAUUUAUCUUUAUAGUGGGAUGACCAUCGGCGUCGUAUGCCUCUAUCUGAUCCAAACGUUCGCGUAUUACGCGGUCUGCAUGCGGUCAUCGAAAAACUUGCACGCACAGAUGUUUCGUAGCAUCGUACGGACCGUGAUGUAUUUUUACAAUACCAAUCCGGCGGGUCGAAUAUUGAACAGGUUUUCCAAAGAUAUCGGCAUCAUCGACAAAAGGAUGCCGUUUACAAUGUUCGACGUUAUGAUGAUGUUCUUAACUUUCAUGGGAACCGUGGUCAUCAUCAGUACCGUGACUCCCUGGUUGUUGAUACCGACGUUCGUCGUCAUACUGAUUUUCUACUUUAUGAGAGUGGUUUACAUUUCGACCAGUCGUGCUAUCAAACGCAUGGAGGGUGUCACACGAUCGCCCGUGUUCGAUCACGUUGGCGCUACACUGCAAGGACUAACCACGAUCAGAGCGUUCAAGGCCGAGAAGAUCGUCACGUCCGAGUUCGAUAACCACCAGGACCUCCACACUUCGACUUGGUUCAUAUUCUUCACCACUUCGCGAGCCUUCGGCCUUUACAUCGAGACGGUCUGCCUGGCUUACAUAGCGCUGGUUGCUAUCACGUUUCUGGUGUUCGACGACCUGGCCGUGGCCGGUGACAUCGGUUUGGUGCUCACGCAAAUCAUGGCGGUGACCGGGAUCUUGCAAUGGGGGAUGAGACAGACGGCCGAGCUGGAGAAUCAAAUCACUUCCGUAGAAAGAGUGUUGGAGUAUAAACGUUUGGAAGAGGAGCCAUUUUUGGACAGCACGCCUGAACAGAAACCACCGAAAGAUUGGCCCAGCAAAGGCCUCGUUAAGUUCAAGGACGUGAAACUGAAGUACGGCCCAAAAAGCUCCUACGUUCUGAAAGGUGUGAGUUUCGUGAUCAUGCCCAAGGAGAAGGUCGGCGUGAUCGGUAGAACCGGUGCUGGUAAAACCUCGUUGAUCAGCGCGCUUUUUCGAUUGGCGUACGUGGAAGGAGACAUCGUCAUAGAUGGUAUACCCACGAACACUGUCGCGUUGCACGAUUUCCGUUCGAAGAUUAGCAUUAUACCGCAAGAACCGGUGUUGUUCGGCGGUAGUCUUCGACGAAAUCUGGACCCCUUCGACGAGUACUCCGACAAGGUUCUGUGGGACGCUCUGGAGGAGGUCGAGCUGAAAGAGACGAUGUUGGACAUGGCCGCUGGUUUGAACAGCAAAGUGGCCGAGGAGGGCUCGAACUUCAGCGUCGGUCAACGUCAAUUAUUAUGCCUUGUUCGCGCGUUAGUUAGGAAUAACAAAAUUAUGGUGCUCGACGAAGCCACUGCCAAUGUCGAUCCACAAACUGAUUCCUUGAUACAGAUCACCGUCAGGAAGAAAUUCAUGGAUUGUACUGUCUUCACUAUAGCCCAUAGGUUAAACACUAUAAUGGACAGUGAUAAAAUACUUGUGAUGGACCAAGGUUACCUAGUAGAAUUCGAUCAUCCGUACAUUUUAUUGCAAAAGAAGGGCCACUUUUACAAUAUGGUGCAACAAACUGGCGCUGCAAUGGCAAACAGUCUGUCGGAAGUGGCGAAGAACUGUUUCUAUAGGAACAACGAAGCAUCGUCUUGAUGAUAGUCAAUUUCACGUAAUAUUUAAAGGUAUAUAAUAUAUACGCAAAUUCUUUUUAUACGUCCAAUUUGUAUUUUACUAUUUAGGAGUAAAGAAGAAGCUAAAUAUAUCUUCAAUUAUACAAAUUGCCAUGAAAGUAUGGUGCUUACCAAGGUAUUACUAACGAAUAAUUAUUGAUCUAGUACAAUGAGAAUAGUGGCAGUUUUUUUGUAACGAAUACGUAAUUUCAAUAAAAUGCUAUGGUACGAAGGAUUUACAGCCACGUAUUAUAACGUGCAAGAAUCGCUAUUUUAAUAGUCGAAAGUCAUAGAUAUUGCCCAAUUUCUUCCAUGUAACAUUGCGAAACUUAUCGUAGAAGAUUUCGUAAUCUGUGCAAAACAGAAAUCAUUGCAAGUGUUUUUUAUGCGCAUAAAAGGAAACAGUAAUUAAAUACUGAUAAGUAUUUCCUGAUUGUGAUUCAUACAAAGUUGACAUAAUAUUUUCUGCUCUGUAUAAACGAAUGUUAUCACGUUCGAAUUAAAAUGUGAAUACGUCUUGAAAAAUACGUAGACAAAAAGCCAAAAGUAACAAGUGUAUUUGUACCGUAAUAAAUUUAAAUUGAUAAAUAUGAAUAAUUGUACCUAUGUUGAAACCUACCAGCGAGAAAGUAUAUAAUUUUCCAGCCAUCGUUGACAAAGUUUUCUGUUCGUUUAUUAUGCAUAUCAGCAAUACUUUUCUG